UAUUCUUUCCCUUCUACAGGGCUAUAAAACUACCACCCCAACUCCAUUCCUUCCAAACCAUUAUUUCCCCAUAGUGUCGUCGUCGUUGAUCUACUUGCAGGGUGCCAGGGUCCGGCAUGGCUCGGAAGAAGGUGAGCCUGCAGUGGAUCGCCAACGACUCGACCCGGCGCGCCACGUUCAAGAAGCGGCGCAAGGGCCUGAUGAAGAAGGCGAGCGAGCUGGAGACGCUGUGCGACGUGGACGCGUGCGUGGUGGUGUACGGCGAGGGCGAGGCGCAGCCGGAGGUGUGGCCGGACGUGGCCAGGGCGGCGCGGGUGCUGGCGCGCUUCAGGGCGAUGCCGGAGCUGGACCAGUGCAAGAAGAUGAUGGACAUGGAGGGCUUCCUCGGCCAGCUCAUCGACAAGCACCGGGAGCAGCUGCACAAGGCGCGGCGCGAGAACCGCGAGCGCGAGACCACCCUCCUCCUGCACGACGCCAUGGCCGGCCGCCGCCCGGGGGGCCUCGCGGGGCUCUCCGUCGAGGAGAUCGCCGGCCUCGGCUGGAUGGUGGAGAACCUCCUCCACAGCGUCAGGGGCGCCAUCGACCGCCUCCAGGGGCAGGGGCAGGAGGCCCCGGCGGCGGCGACGGCGGCGCUGCAGAUACAGCCGCCGCCGCCGCAGGUGGGCGGCCUCCCGCUGGUGCCUUACGGCGGCCACCCGCGGGACGUGAUGACGAUGCAGGCGGCGCCGCCGCACCCGCAGGCGGCCUGGCUGAUGGACGUGGCCCGGGCCGGAGGCGACCUCGGCGCGCUGGUCUACAGCGGCUUCGGUGGUGGACGCGGGAGCUUCGCUGGAUCAGGCGCCGCCGGAACCUCCAACGCCGCCGCCGCCGGCACCUCCAACGCCGCCGCCGCGGGGGCAGACAUGCUGCCGCCGCAGCUCGGCAACAUGGGUGCCGCCGGGUUCGCGUGGACUGAUCCUGCUGGUCUUCCUUUCCCUCCGCCCAUGUAGGUGCCCCGUGUGCCCCGCAUCGCAUCGUCGUCGAUCGAGUGCA